UAGAACCACCGAGCGUGAUCCGCAGUUACGCAGAACGUUUCACAUGGAACGAAGCAUGAUCGUUCACCUGCCGAUUGCCUUCUAGUCGGGCCGCAGCUUCUACCCAUUGCUUUCAAUGCCGAGAUCGCCAAUUGGGGAGACUCCGCGUCAGUGCCCUGCUCGAUCCUGAAGGGCGACAUGCCCAUGGACAUAUCGUGGGCGUUCAACGGCGUACCGAUCGACACGUCGAAAGACACGGGUAUCACGAUCACCAGAAUCAGCAAGCACUUAAGCACCCUCAGCAUCGACGGCGUCUCGGCGCGCCACGCCGGGGAAUACGCCUGCUCCGCGUCGAAUCUGGCCGGUUCCGUCAGUCGAUCGACUACUUUGACCGUCAACGGUACGAUCUCACUCCCCUCCGCACGGUUCCCGUCGCAAUCGCGAAUCCGAUGUGCAUAAUUGUUGUACACCGAACCUCGAGUACCUUCCAGUAGCCCGAAUCAUCCGCCAUCCUUGCCAAACGACGAGUUACACAACAUAUUCCACCGCCAUACCAACCACGUCUACCGAUCCAUCGCCACUCGAUUUCAAUGAUUCCGAGA